AUGAAGGCGAAGGUACUAGAACAGGUACACAAUCAGCUGAGUGAUCUCUUAGAUAAGGCCUUGGAAGAAGCAGCUCAUUCCAGACCCCAGCAAUUGAGUGUCAUCCCAGCAAAGAAGCAAAGCAGAGAGAAGGGUCAGCUACUGAAGAAGAAAGUCUUUGUCCCUCAACGGUCCUUGUUUGACACGUUGCUGGAGGUGGAAUAUUUCCGCACAAUCCAUCACAUAUUUGUGGCCAUGCUCUGUAUCUUUGCCCUCAAACAAAUCACUGUGGAUUCCAUCGAUGAAGGACGUCUUGUUUUGGAUUUCGAGCUCUUUAUCAUUGGCUUUCAACAGCUGCCCACAGCACUCUUGGCCUGGCUCUGCAUGUUCCUCUACACCUUAUUUGUGCCCUAUCAGGCCCUGCAAAUGUGGUCAGGCUGCUUGAAGACGACCAGGUUCCCCAACCUCUUGACGGCCACCUUGGUGUUCCUGGUGCUGCUCUGCCAUGCUGCAGUGCUGGGAUUCUUCCCCGUCUAUAUUGCUGUCUACUGUAAUUUGGGAAUUGCCUCCCGUAAAAUUGUCCCCUUUGAGCAGAUCCGGUUCCUGAUGAAAAGCUACUCAUUUCUGCGAGAAUCGAUGCCUCCUCUUCUCCACGCUAGGAACCAAGUUGGGAAGAUAAGCUGUCCUGAAUUCUCAACCUACUUAUAUUUUCUCUUCUGCCCAACUUUGAUCUACAGAAUGAGCUAUCCAAGAGAUCCAUACAUCCGCUGGAGUUAUGUCAUCCGAAAACUGGUCGAGGCAACAUGCAUAAGCAGCCUUUCACCAUCAAAACCCUGCUGCUCUCCAUCUUUGAUUCAGUUAUACCCGGACUGGUGGAAUUCCACAUCAUUCUCGGCAUUUUUUCGGUCAUGGAAUGGGAUUGUACACGAUUGGCUGUACUGCUAUAUUUAUCAAGAUUUUCUGUGGCUGAUAGGAGGGAGAGCCCGAGCUGGAGCUAUGUUCAUAGUCUUCCUUUUCUUCCAGAAUUCCCCAGGCACCCAUCUACAUUGCAUUAUUGCCCCAUAUGAUGCACUGUGUGUGUUCUUUAAUUUCAUUCUCAAUGAUAAGAGAAAAGGCCCUGUCUGGAACAUCAUCAUAUGGAUAUGCCUCUGUUUGGGCGUAGCAAUCUUUUUCUCCUUAUACUGCCAAGAGUUGUUUGCACAGGCCCACUGUCCACUCAAGGAGAAGACCUUCUGGGGGCAGGUGACUCCACGUUCCUGGUCUUGCCACCCAUAAGAAACUAUUUCCAGC